GACUACGUGGUGUGGACGGGCGACGUGGUGCCUCACAACAUGUGGUCGACGUCACGCGAGUGGAACCUGCGGCUGGUGCGGGAGACCAACGCCCUCGUCAGGAAGUGGUUCCCAGACAUCCCUGUCUUCCCAGUUAUCGGCAACCACGAGAUGAGUCCGCUCGACCAAUACUCCGACCCUGGCGACGCCCCAGAGGAGCUAUCGGCGGACUGGCUGUACAAGGAGCUGGCCGCUCAAUGGGCGGACCUGAUUCCUUCAUUUAAUGAGUCGACGGUGCUCCACGCAGGAUAUUACUCCGUCCUUAUCAAGCCCGGGUUCAGGGUCAUUUCUGUCAACUCCAUGUUUGGAUAUGGAUCAAAUAUCUGGCUGGUGCAAACAUCAAAUGACCCAGCGGGAGAGCUCGCCUGGUUAGAGGAACAGCUAAGCAAGGCCGAGGCGGCAGGAGAAUUGGUCCACCUCCUCGGCCACAUCCCGCCCGGCCUCAUAGACAUACACAGGACCUGGUCUAGGGAGUACAAUAGAAUCGUCGUUAGGUACGAGAAUGUGAUUCGCGGCCAGUUCUUCGGGCACACGCACUUCGACGAGUUCGAGGUCUUCCAUGACGGCGAGCGCCCCGUCGGCGUGGCCUACGUGGCGCCGAGCCAGACGCCGUGGUAUGACCUCAACCCCGCCUACAGAGUCUACCACGUGGACGGGGACAGGCCGGGCACCACCAGGCUCGUUCUGGACCACGAGACGUACGUCCUGAACCUGACGGAGGCGCAGACGAGCGGCGAGGCUCACUGGGAGCGCCUCUACUCGGCCAGGGACGCGUACGGAAUGGCCGCCCUCACGCCCGCCGACUGGCAGGACCUGGCGGAGCGCAUGGCGGCCGACAGGAGCCUCUUCGACGUCUACUACAAGUAA